UUAAAGGGUCAAAAUAAGUAAAUUAAUAUAUGAUAGCUUUUCCGUAGAAGCAGCUUUUCAUCCUGUUUAGAUAUUGUGUUAUUUUCUAUCAUUGGAACCUUUGAAAAAGCACAUUUACAGCUAAUAGUAGUUUAACAGUGGUGUUAACUUAAACCAAGGGCAACUACAAUAUUUGGAGAAGUUGUUUACAGUAGUAAAAGCUCUUUUGUUUGGUUUACAGUCAUGUCACGGAGAAGCUCACGAUUAGACUCCCAAGGAUACUACAACAAUGAUGGACUACCAAUCAUUUGCUACAAGGAACACCUGAACAGGAUUUGCAUGCAGAGAAGAGUUUCUCAGAUUAAACAAAGACACAAUGACCAACUUCAAGGGUCAAGUAAACACAUUGAGUGAAGAGAUUCUCACAUUAAACAAAGUCCUGAACUCCCUGCAACCGGUGGCGGACACUAUGCCCAACUUCGCUCUGGAGAGUCAAGUAAACACAUUAAGUGAAGAGAUUCUCAGAUUAAACAAAGUCCUGAACUCCCUGCAACCGGUGGCGGACACUAUGCCCAACUUCGCUCUGGAGAGUCAACAGGCAAGAGUUUUACUUGAUCAGUCUUCACAAACGUACUCCAAACGAAGAAGCUGCGCCUAUCUUUUUGGAAUGUGUUGUAAACGACCUGUACACCCAAGGACAGUCCUUCAGGGAGGCUCACCCCCGGCUGUAGGACGGUGCUGGCCCUUUGAAGGUGGGCGGGGGCAUUUAUUCAUCGCCCUGUCACACCCAGUCUACAUCAGCCAUGUGACACUAGGUCACAUUUCAAAGAACUUGUCCCCAACUGGCAUCAUUCCUAGCGCCCCAAAGACGUUUUCUGUCUAUGGCAUGAAUACUUUAGAUGACAAAGGAACCUAUCUAGGAACCUUUCUGUAUGAUCAGGACGGGGACGCAACACAAACUUUUGAGCUACCUGAUCAUGGAAAAGUUGUCUUCAAAUACGUGAAACUACAAGUUGAGAGCAACUGGGGUCACCCCGACUACACCUGUCUGUACAACUUCAGAGUUCACGGAAAGCUGGCAGAAGUUACAGACAGGUAAGUAUG